CUCGACUUUUGUUUGUCCACACACCACGCGUCCACCAUGGUCAGCCUAUACAAGCCCGCGUUUGAGCGCUACUCGCCCGUCGACAAGGAGAGCUACAAGACGGUCGUCACGCGAUGGCCCGUGAUUAUCACCAACAUCGUGUCCGCCGUCAGCACUGUGAACCACGAGCUCACGUCUGACUCGAGCGCCGACGCCCCGGCCAAGCUCGCCGAGGGCAAGGAGAUUGUCUCCAAGCUCAGCGCGCUCAAGCACAACAUGGGCAGGAACGGUGUCCUUGAACCCAUCCCCGACGACGGCAACGCCAACCGCGCGUGCUACAACGACGAGCUCGCCGCGACUGCCGACGACGACAAGCGCUGGUUCACCGCCAACUGGCUCUUCGCCGAGUGCUAUCUCUACCGCCUCCUCCGCUCGUACUUUGCCCUCACGGCCCAUUGGAAGACGUAUGACCCCUUCUUCGCGUCCAAGGCCGAGACGUACAAGUCGUCCUCUGGCGCGAUCCUGCACCUCGCGCACGCGCUCAACUCGAUGGUCGAGAGCAAGGACCUCCAGCAGGGCUUUGAGAAGGAGGGUAGCGCACUGGAGAUCGCUUUCUGGGAGAUGGUCCAGGCCGACCUGUGGGGCAACGCGACCGACCUCUCGCUCCUAACCGACCUCAAGUACGAGGACCUGCAGAAGCUCCAGGCUGUUGGAUCUGCCGCGCAGGCCGAGCAGGCUGAGAAGAUCCUCCGCAACGACCUGCCCAAGGUCUGGGAGCUGCUCAAGACGCUCAAGGAUGGCCGGGUCGACAUCGUCAUGGACAAUGCUGGAUUCGAGCUCUACACUGACUUCAUCUUCGCCGACUUCUUGUUGUCGUGCACGCCGUUCGUCAAGGAGGUCGUCUUCCACCCCAAGACGAUCCCGUGGUUCGUGAGCGACGUGCUCCCCUACGACUUUGAGUGGGCCAUCGACUCGCUGUUCGACACGUCCUUCUUCGCGUCCCACGCGAACCUGAAGGAGGGCGACACCGAGGCGCUCUCGGCCCUCGCCGCGCGCUGGAAGGCGCACCAGACCUCGGGCCGCUUCCGCCUCUCGGUGCCCACCACCACCGCGCUGGGCGCCAACGUCCUUGCCGCAAACUUCUGGACAACGCAGUACGCGUACCAGGACCUGCCGGCCGUCGACCCCGCGCUUCUUGCCGAACUCCAGAAGAGCGACCUCGUCAUGUUCAAGGGCGACUUGAACUACCGCAAGCUCAUCGGUGACGCCAAGUGGCCCGUCACGACGCCGUUCUCCGAGGCCCUUGGCCCCCUUGCCGGCAAGUUCAACCUCCUCUCCCUGCGGACCAACAAGGCAGACACCAUCUGCGGCCUGCCCGAGGGCAUCGAGGCGCGCCUCGACAAGGAGGCGCCAGACUGGCGCGUGUCGGGCAAGUACGCCGUCGUGUCGUUCGAGCCCAAGGCAUAAACCCUUUAAAAACCUAGACCAAC